AAAUGACAAAAAUGACUUAAGAUGUAAAUACUUUAAUUACUAUCAUCAGGAGUUUUUGUAAACAUCGGGGCAAACAAGAUUUACAGAUCAAGACGCCUGGGUUAACAAAAGUGUUGUAAAAGCUUUAAAUACAAAGUUUGUGUCUGAAGAGGCUGUUGAACUGAAAUCGAAACUGAUAAAGAAUUGAAAAUACCCUCAAGAUUAUGACAUUAUUAUGACACAUCACUCGAAAUACAUUGAAAUACAUCUCGAAACGUAAUAAACUUCAAAACAAUUUAUUUUCACUUGAAAGCCAAGAUGUAUUUAACCUUAUAUUCAUCUGAUGUAAGGAUUACUUCAUUGCUAUUAUUUCAAAGUGACUGGCAUUAAAAUUGAAAUAAAAAUAAUUUAAAACAACUGUUCUAAAAUACAAGACUUUUAACAGCCACAGAUUGAGAGAAAUAAAAGCUACAAGGUUUAAAUGUCACGAACGAGGAUUAAGUCAAACUACUGCUGGAUUUAAAUUUAAAUCUAUUAUAAACUUGCAACUUUAAAUAUUAUGUAACGUUUUUUAAAUCCUAAAACAAUCACUGUUUACAAAUUCAAAUAGCUGAAAUAAUCUGAUGAAGUGUAAAAUAAUUAAAUAUUAUAAGUAUCAAUUGACAUAAGAAGAAAUUGUUUUUGAGCAAUUUUCUUAUUUUAACAAAGAAUUUGGCAGUUUAUUCAUAAAAAAGAUAAUUCUUUGAGAGCGACAUCAGUGGAAUAACUUUCUGUACCGUGGAUUUAUAUUUGUAGUGACGUAAAUAGGAACAAUGUCAAAAUAUGACCGGAUAAUUAUUACCAAAAAUGUUUUGUGAUUCUAAAUUACCCUGAUUGACCAUGCUAUAUUAGGCGACCAGAUUUACCGAAGGUGAACUAUUUGUAAGCAUCCAUUCUGUACCAGCAUCAAUUGGAAUCAAUGAGUUUAAUCCCGAUGGGAAAAUCGGGAUCCAAUUAACACAGAAACUAGUGUCUCCACAAUUGUGCUGAAUUCCAAUGGCCCUCGGACUCGGGAGUAUUGGGUGGACAAUUGAAAUAUUUCCAGCAAUAUUACUAUUAGGUGAAAUUUAUUAAAUGUUCUAUUCAUAGUGUAUCGGCUUUUAACAGCAUGUGGCUAUGGUGCUUUAGUUUUCUUCAUAAUCCGUCACAAGUUCAAAUUGAUUAUUAAUUUCUUGUUUGUCCACAUUGUUUGAAGUACUAUGAAAAAAAUGGUUUGACGACAAGAGGCUUCUGUUAUGCGAGAUAUCUACUACUGAGACGGUAGUUGUUCUGAAAUAGGGUCUAUAGAAAAAGUUUAUAGAAAAUAAUUCAAUAGUGGGUUGAAUGCAAUAUUUUUGUAUGAAGGUCGGAUACCAUUAUGUCAGAGUUAAGUUGGAGAUACAAUCGACUCUUAACAUAAGCAUUAUGGGAAAAACUAUUGCUAAACUUUACAUUGCAGACAGUUGGAAUAUAUUAUAGUGACCUUUGAAAAAUGCAACAUUUGAAAGUGAAUUGGAUUAAAUCACUUCGCUACAUACACAGUUGAUAGUUUUAAUUAGAUUGGGAAAAUUCUUUUGCUAUUUGCAGGAUUUAAAUGUAAAAUUACUAUCAGUAAAGGAACAAUUGUUUUAAAUGAGAUGGAUUUUAAAUAAAGAGCCAAUAUCAUGAUAGCAUACAAAUGGAUGAGAAUUUAUCUGAACAGAGUCCCUUUUGAAAAACUAAUCUAUCUGGAUGCACUUCAAAAAUUGAAUUUGUGAGUUGAACUACAAUUUAAUAUCGGUGUUAGUCACUAGUUUCAGGGACCAAAAAAAAAGCGAUUAAACUGUUGACAUUACAAAUAAUGAGAUGUAAUCUGUGUGACGAACAAGAGACUGAGGCUAGCUUGUGCAUAUUAAAUAGCCAUUAACUAGGGAAACCAAACUGGAUUUUUGAUAGCACAUAUUUGCCCUAUCGCACAUAAUUGAAAAGUUGACAUAAGAUCUUUUGUGGAUAUUUUAUUGUGAAUUUUGGAUAACAAGUGCGGUCUUGAAUAUUUAAAUAAGGCCGAAAAGAGGACAAAAAAGAAAAUAUCGUGUUACGGCAGGGAUACAAAUUACAGGACUUAAAGAUGGGAAUCAACUUGCUUUAGAAAUUUGAGGGUUACUGCAUUUGUCAACAAAAAUUUGCAUAAAAAACAUAUACGAUAUACCAAAUACACAGGAAAUACUCGCUGUUUAUUAGGGUAUUAAAGAGUAACCAAAGAUUAUUUCAACGGUUUGAACUUAUUAUAUUACAAUAACAGGACUAUGGAUCUGUCAUAAAAAAGGAGAAAGUGUCCGAUUAUAAUUUAUUUAAGAUUUAUUUAAAAGUAAAAAAUAUUUAUUCUAUGAGGUCAUUUACUGUCACUGAAACAUGAGAAAAGACAAGUUUAAUAACCUAAGAUACAUUUACAUGUGAAGGGAUAUUUGUGUACCAUUUAAACUUUACUGCACAUAUGGACUAUAAUGGAGUGAAUAUUACCAUAAAUUAUUUCUUCAAGGAUAUAUAAAGUGCUAUAUUCAAAAUACUAAGAACCACCUACACAAAUGGACAAGCUAUGGAAGAAGUGUAUAUUAAUCAGAGUCAAGGAUUACAUUAUUGGUAGUGCCAAACAUGGAAUUAUUUAAAUGAAAGCUUUAAAUUAUUGACUGUUUAAAGUAGCAAAUAUUUCAAAACUGUUAGUACAUUGGUAUAUUUAAUCUAUAUGAACAAGAAGUGAACAAAUCAGAGUAUUACAAUGGAUUUUAUAUGCAACAAUAAAUUUCAAAAUCAAACAUUGUAAACUAUCCAGUGGAUUAAAAUUUGAUAGACAAUUAGUAGCAAUAUUAGACUACAAGAGUGACAAAACUGGGUUAUCAAAAUGGCAUUUAUUGGCAACAAAAUGUUUGGCCACCACAUGGAGCUGGAAGCCCAUGCCAGCCAGAUGGGCGGCCAUGGUUUUGGGGGCGGGCACAAGAAAGGCAGUUUCGGUAGUGGAAUCGGUGGGGCCAGUUUUGGAAGCUCCAAUGGGUACAUGAACGAUCCAAAUGGAAUUAUGCUGCAACAGACUCAUCCAGAGCUGGCUCAAAGCUACGGCCAUCAUGGAUCAUUCAUGAUGAGGCAGAAUUCCUUGCUGUCUGAGAUGACACAGUCAAAGUCAGAGAGGAAGAAACACCCUAUGGCAAGCUCAAGUUUCAGUUACGGGGGACAAGAAAACAGCCUUUUGAAUUACAGUCUUUUCAAUGAGUCUGGUCAUGCAAAGCCAAAGAAACCUCCACUAGAGAGAUCCAUGUCCAUUUGCCAUGAUGAUACUGAAGAAGAAAUGGAGGACCGACCCUUUCUUGGCAAGCGACCUCGGGCACCAAGCUUUGCUUCAGAGCCACACAAGUUACGAAGCAAGACUAUCAGCACUUCUUCAAUGCCUAUCCAGUCAAACCCAAGACCAAAAAUCUCAAGGUCAAUGUCCAUCAGUGAAGACCUAACAGUUCCUGCGAACAUGGACAUUGCUGUGGGAAUCUUGAAAAGACAACAAUCAUAUGAUGCAGAGAAAGCUAGAAGGAAAUCACUGCAACUUCCAAAGAAGCAUUUCCUGCCAAUUGGCAAAAGAAGAAAGUCCCUCAAGUCCCAAUCAGAUAAAGACUCAAUUUCAGGUUUGAAUUCAGAAACCUCAAGUGUCUAUUCACCUUCAAGAUCUAGAAGCGGAACAUACGCAAGUGGAACCGGCUCCUUAACAGACUAUUCUAGACGACCAAGUAUAGGUAGUCAGUCCUCUAAAUAUUCUGACCAAACCACAAUUAGAAACCAGCCAAGUUUUGAUGAAAAAGCUGAAGAAAAACUUAUUUUAAGUCUUAUGAAUGACCCAGUUCCUGAGCCAGAAAAUGUCUUUGACUCAUCCCCUGAAGACAUUAAACCAUCUCCAAAAUACAACACAGCCAUACCAAUAGACUCACCAUCUCUAGUAAGCAGAAGAAUACAACAGUUGAAGCAACUGGAAAGUGACAAUGAAUAUGUUAAAACAAACCAGUUCGCACCAGCAAAUGACCAGAGCAACUCCAACAACAUACAAAAUAGAUGUAGCUCCCCUGUAGCAGCAGAGCAGCCAAACAGUCCAUUAAGAAGAAGCAGCGGGCCAUGCAGUGGACCACCACCUACAAGGUAUCCUUUCUACCCAGAUCCAAGUGAGUCUGAUAUGUCUGAGCCAUACUAUGACUGCAAAAGCCGACAAAGUUCAUCCCAAACCGACAGUUCAGGUUCCUCUAAGCAGACUAGCAUGCCUCAAAAUGCGAACAUACCCACCACAGAGCCGCUGCAUGACACCAGUAUGAGUACUUGGACAGAUGGAGAAGACACCACCUCCACAUGUGAUACACCACCAAUACCUGGGUAUCCAAAUACACAGCCAAUGUAUCUACCAACUGUGUAUGGGAACAAUGAUAAAGAGAACAAACCCGGGCGAGGACAAAAGGAGGCUGAAAAACUAAGAACAGCUGAUCGAAAGCCAGAAAAGUCAGAUUCUGAACUAAGGAAGAGUCAAAGACCAAAGCUUAAACUCAGCUCAUAUCAGAGUUUUGCUAAGCCAGUGAAUGAAACGCCAGAAAGUGAAAUAACUGAUCCACUAGUCCCUAACCAUAUCAGACCAGACAACAGUCCAAUAAGAAGCAGAAAAGACCAUGAAUCUGGAGAGAGCUCUGAAAGUGGUUAUGCAACAAGCCAUAGACAUUUAUCCCCAAAGGACUAUCAUCUUAAGGUGUCACAAUAUGUAAGGUCUUUGCCAAGUAACCCUGACAUUGAUGAAAACCAUUCUGAAAGUGAAAAUGGAGUUAGGAAUGGGUCACUUACUGAUCUAGAUGUAGAGGAAACUCGGGGCACAAACGAUCGGUAUCUGCCAAAGAAAAAGGACAUAGACAACAUGGAAUGUGUAAGUGGAAGUGAGUCAGACAGUGAUGGAGGGAAGUCAGUUGGCAAUAUCUCAGAAUCAAAGCUGGAAAUCAUGAAGCUUCUAGAAAGUCCAACACAUGUGCGAGCAAGAGUCACAGAUGAUUUAAUAAAAAAACGAGAUGACCCAAAUUACACGGGACAAAUCCCAUCGCCAGCUUCUCUAUACAGAAAAGGCAGUUUAAGUUCUCUGGGUGAGGAAAUAAAAGCUAAGACCGAGCCCAAAUUAUCAGCCGCUCCAGAGCCGUAUGCUACAGUGAAGAAGCACGUUGAAGUUAACUGUGUUAUAACAGGCUCGCCAGAAUCUCCAAGAAGUGAAAGGUCCCAUUCAAGAAUCCACGAGCCGGCAAGACAACAGUCUAUUGCAAGAACAAUAUUUGAACGAUUCAACAGUAUUGGACGACCAAGCUCAGCUUCCUAUGAAACUAAAUCAACAAGUUGCAUUGAUGUUUUACUGCAUUUUCUGAACAUGUUAAUUUUUCUAUCCAGUGCUGGAAUCAUCGGAACAGGAAUCUGGUUAUUGCUGAAGAGCCUUAAUGUUAAUGAGAUUUCAUCAAUGUUGGGGGACAAUUUACUGCAAAUUGUUAUUUAUGUUGCCAUUUCUGGUUCCAGCUUAGCAAUAUUAGCAUCAUUUUGUCUCUGCUGUGGUGUGAGAAAUGACAAGAAUGGACUUGGAAUGUAUGGAUUUACACUGGUCUUGGUGACUGUUACUUUUGUUACAUCUGCAAUCUUGAUAACAAUAUUUUCUGACAAAUUGAGUAAAGUGGAGUACAAGUUCAAUUUCAAGGAGAGAUUGCUGACUCUCUAUGGAAUACCUGAUGAUGUUGAUAGCCAAGUUCUUACAGAGGCUUGGGACGCUAUGCAAAGUGAAUUUCAGUGCUGUGGGGCCAAGGGACAAGAUGAUGAUUCCGAUUCAUGGGCAAUCUAUACAAGGACUUAUUGGUUUCAACAUCAUCCAGAUAGGGGUUAUAUCUUUGUACCGGAAAGUUGUUGCAAGAAGAAUAGUAAUACAAGAGUGUGUCAGGGUGGUGACCCGGCUCUGUUAGGUCCACCAAGAUAUCCUUCUAGUGAUAGCGGCUCAUACCCAGAUGAAAACCAGCAUUUGAAUGUGAAUGGAUGUUACCCAUUUCUUGCUUCUUAUCUCCACUCAUUGUCAAAGACUAUCGCCUUGGUUACAGGCUCCUUAGCUGGACUAUACUUUCUGACUGUGAUGCUUACGUGGGUUUUUUGUUUUAAGAAAAACAAAGACUACCAUGAGUAUGCAGACUCUUACUAUGAUGAGCAUGAAGAUGCGUUUAACAAUGAAGAAACUCUGAGACUAGCAAUUAAAGACAGUGAAUUACAUAGCCCGAAUAGGUCAGAUUUCGAAGAAACCAAGUUUAUGAACACACCUGUGUCUAGAGCUAGACAACCGGAAAAGUCUAGUCUGAGGAAUACAAAGGAAAUACCUAACAGUGCGAGACGUCAGAAUGUAAAUCAUGUGAAAACUGAAUAUGAUGCUCACUAUGAUGAAAGAGGUGAAACUGACACAGAAAAUGAUACGGAUGCAACAUAUGAAGAGACUGAUGAGAAUAGUGAGGGGGAAAGUGGUAGAUAUGAUUCCAAUGGAAGUGCAGUGAGUGAAGACACAAUCAAUCGCAGGAACUUGUGGCUAACCGGGUCAACCGGGGGGCACCUGCUCUCCACAGCAAUAGAGGAAGAGGAUAGCAACCUUGAUGAAACCGAUGAGGACAUGCCAAAACAGACUGCUUAUGUCUAAGUAUCGCAGGGUGAAAGAGAUAGAAGUGCUAAGUGACAUUGUAAAACAGAACAUAAAACAUGUUUGCUUUCAUUCCUAAGAAAAUUGUUUUGUCUAUGAUUAAUGCUUUUUCAUUUUUAUAUCUUCAAUGUGAUAAACAGAAUGUACAUAAUGCUUGAGGUAUGCCAUGUUUUGAUUUUUGCUCUUUUGUUAUCGAACUUAAACAUGCAAAACACAUUCUUUUUUUGUCAGUGUUAAAAGUUUUUGAGUCGAGUUAAUGUUUGCUUGUUUGUUUUAAACCAAAUCAAACUGAAUACUAAGUGUUAUGUUUUCAAAUAUUAUCGUCACUGCAUUGUUCUUUAUACAUAAAGGUAAAAAAAGAGUUAUGCUGGGUAUUUACUAUAAUUAUAUUAUAAUUAUAAAACUAUGUGUAAGAUAAUUUUCAUGUUUUUUUUGUACAAUAAACAUUUUUUAUAAGAUAAGGUUGAACUUUUUACAUAAUUUGGAAAAUAAAAAUUUACAGAGGCUAAGAAACUUAAAUCCAAAAUCAAUCAUGUAAGUAACUAAAAUCUAUUAUUUUUACAAUUUCAAAUAUGAACUGUAUUAAUAUUAUACCAGUUUUGUGCAUUUCUCUUUAGUUGGCAUUUAAAACGGAAGUAUUUGAAAUAAAAAUACAGGCCUUUUGUAUCUGAAGGCAAUGGUUGUGAUAUAUAGUCAGGCACUUUUUUGUAAGAGUCUGAAGUUUUUCUAGAUAUACUGGUCAUCACAUAGUGGCAUUUUAUGAACGUAAAAAUGUAUGAAUUUAUUAUUUCAUGAGACAUAUUAUUAUUUUCAUUGUUAAAUAUUCAUUUACAUUUGUUGACUGCAAAGCAUUUAUUGAAAGCUUUUCUCAUCAUUUAUUGAUUACCCCCUAAGCAUAAUGUCAAUUUUCUUGUUCAUUUUUACACAGCAGACAUAUUCAAAUGAUAAAUCAUUUCCUUUUUCUUGUUUUAACUUUGGAGAAUAUUUUGUGCAUUGUUUACAAUUUGUGUCUUGGCAUUUUCAUGAAAGUCAUAGAAUAACCCAGCAAUCAACUACAAAGCCAUUAUGUUGACAUUUUCAAAUGAGGGUUUGGUUGGGGUGGAGGGAUGGUUGGGGAAGGGGGGCUGCAGUUGCAUUGGCAUAAUUAUAGUAAAAAAAAAUGAGAGCGCUUCUUUUAUACAAAAUAUCCUGAAAGACUUGGGGGCCCUUCCAUAAAUUCUCAUUGCAUUGGUACCUUUGCAUAUGAAUGGCUUGAUAAUUAGUAUCUUGCCUUUCUAUAUGGUAUCCUUCUUUCAACUUUAUUGUAAUUUUGCAAAAUGAAAUUUUGAUGACUGUUUUUGAAAGCUUUCAUCUCAAAUUUCUGCAUUAAGAUUUGUUUUGUAUGCAACCUGAUAAUGAUUUUUCCAAAUAUAUAGGGUAGAAUGUCACAUUAAUAUGCAGAAAUGUAGAAGUACAAAAUUAAAUACAAUACCCCCACCCACUUACUAAUUUUCAUGAACAAAUUUGUGAACAGUCAGUGCUUAAAUAACCCAUUGGACUGCAAAGGAAAACACAUCAAAAACAUCCAUAGCAUAUCGAAACUUUCUGAAUGAUAUCCAAUGUAUAAUAAUGGGAAUUUUGGUUGCCUGGUGAACCAAUAUUAUUUUGUUUAUAAUUUGAAAAGGUUUUACUUUGGUGGAAAUAAGCACAUUUAAAGCCCGCAAGCCCUGCACUGGUAAAGUGCUUUCCGGGUUUGUUCAAAUUCUGGAUUUCAUACUGUAGGGCUUGUUCUAAAAUGUAAUGCCAAGCAGUAGUAUAUGAAUUCGGGCUUGAUUAUCCAAAAGACUUAUUUCACUGACUGGUUUUACAUGUAGAAAGAGUAUAAAAAACCUAUACCAAAUCAAUAUUACACAAAUAAUUUCCAUGCAAUGCGUGAUUCCAAAAUAGGCAAUUUCAUAUUCGAUUUCAGUUGAAAUAAAGAACAAAAAUUUGAAGAGCAAUCAUUUUGUCUUUGAUGUAUUCUUGGUUUUAACUUUUACGUAAUUAACUUAUCAGCUCAAAAGAUACCAAAUUUGUAUGGGGUCACCUUAGGCAUCAAUGUUUAAUAUUAUCGGCAAUGGCUGGAUGAAAUGUUCGUCUGCUACCUUAACAAAUUCAAAUAGAUCCUACUUGUAUAUUCUGUUCAUUGAGUUUUAUAAUAAUUGUACGACAUAAUAAAUAUCAUUACAUUAUCUUUUUACUUAAGUCUAUAAUCUUUACAAUAUGUGCAUAUAUCAUUUUUAAUUUGCAAAUUAUACAGCAAAUACAUUUAGUCCAUAUAACGCUUGUAUAAUUAUAUUUCAUUUUAAGUGCAAACUCAUAAAAUGUUCCCAACUUAUAAUACUUAUAUAUACAUUUAACAAAGCGCUAGUAAGCCAUUUUUCUCUUUGAACAUUUUUGUUAUGAUACGAACAUGUAUGGUCUGUUAAAGAUUAAUAAUGGGCUUAGCGCAAGACAAUUGUAACUCCACAUACAAGAAAAGGAGUUACAUCUGUAUUGUGCUAAGCUCUCAAAUUUUAGUCAUUUUUUCCAUGCAAUUAUGUCGAUCCUUAACUUUAAUCUUAUCUGGAUGGUCUCUGACGUUAAUCUCAGUAUAUCUUCGUUAAUCUUGGUAUAGCGUCGUGCAUUUAUAUUUGUUAAUGAAUUAUCUGUAUUGAUUAUCUUCAAUUGUUACACUAUGAUGUUCUGUUUUCUUUGUUAAAUGUUUACAAAGACUUUAUUUAAGUCUAUUUAAAGGGAUUA